UUCUUCGCUAUUAAAAGAACAAGUGGUGUUCAAAGUCAAGUGUUUGUUCUCCCAUGAACACGUCGUCCAUUGCACGUGUUUUGUUGGCCGUAUGAUCCGACGGAGAGAGUACAGCGAAGCAUACAGCCGACAUCUGAUCGAUGGUACUGGACGAGGCUGACUACAACUUGAAGGAGAUACUACUGUACAUACUACCAGUCCCUGCAUACGGCGGGAUGGGCCCUUAUGUACGGUAAGCAGAAUAGGAGCCAUGUAUGCAUCGAGAGGUCACCAAACUUCACAUCAAACGAGCUGGAAGAAUUAUCAAACUGUCUCCUCUGGAUUAUGAAUCGCGCACUCGCACGAAAACCGGCCCCCCCACUUGAAUCGCUAUCCAGCAGAGCGCCAGGUGUAUUGCCCAGGACCAUACUGCAAUCAUCGAAUUCUGAGUCUCUGGACUCUACGUCCCAGAUUUGCGUUGUACCAACAACGAUCAUCUUUCUGAAUCGUACUGGAAGCAUCGUUUGCUUGAGUUCGGCUAAAUCUCUGGGUCGUGUCGGACUGGCGGAGGGAUUGGCUAACACGAAGUUGCAUAUCAGAGGGCUACCCUGCCGUUCGCCACUUGAAAAUACUAUGGCAACGUGCACCAAGGAAAGCCAUAUCAGUACCUUGGCCUAUGAAGAGGUUACUCUAUGUCCCUGGCCAGUAGGCAUCACCUCUCACAAGGCGACUCAGCGGGCGCCAGCAUGUCACACAAUAUGAACACUCGAGAAAGCAAUUGAAGGUGCUAAUAAACCGGCCGCCACGUUCAACGACCCGGUAGCUCAAUUUGUACCUGGCAGGAGACGAGUAUUUGACUCUUAUCACUGACCCAAUCAUGUCGCACGCGAACUACCUAUAGUAGGUACAAGCGAGCACUUAGGUGGCGAGCCUCGUGUGGCAUAGAGCAUGUGACAGGCGCAGGAAGUCGCCGAACUUGAUCUUGGGGAGAAGACAAGUGAGCGAUCCAAAAGUUAAGAUAGUAGUACAACUUACGUACCAGUACUACUAUAUGGGUCCAGCUCGCUCGAAAGGCAUCGCUUCGAACAGCCAAAUCCGUCUCAUAUCAGUGGCCAGAGAGCUUUCCGCAUACCUACUCACGGUCCUCGAAGCCAAGAGACUGCGGCAAAGUCUGUGAGAGACUAUUUGUAUGAUGAGACAAUGAUAAGACAGAGAGAUAUGUAAACUUCGACCUUGGGUUGUGGUCGACAUCAUCGAGUGUCAAUCGCAGACUACCUAACGACGACUUCCACGGGUAUCAUGAGCGAUUGUUCUUAUGGUUCCUGUGUUCCUUGAGGUGUAUGAGAUUGCUGAUGUGAAAGAGCGAUUGCAGUUUAUCAGGAUCUUGAAAAAGAGGAGAUACCCGCUGACAACUGUCAGUGCUUGCUGCUGGUUAUCAACGGGCUAUCAGCAGUGGAGCCUCGUGGGAGAUAGAUUAGCCCAAAGGGGACAAAGCCUCGCAGCUCCAAUAUUGUCCGUCUGGGGUCGCUAGCUCGAAAGGCUGGGGGCGGCGUCCCUGCUCAGAUACUAACGACAAAUCAGCGAUUCGAUCAGCAUCCAUAGCCCUCUCCAGCCAGUGACUAUACGACUGAUAGCUGAUAAGCCGCCACCCCGGCCAUUGCCAACUUGGGAGGCCCAACCCUGGCCAGUCUGCUUCCACCGACGUUUGAGCGAUUGUUAUCGGUAGCGAACUUCAUCUCACCGACAUGCCGAACAAUCAGGAGAGUGUAUGCCGACAUUCGGCGAUUUCAUGGAACAUAGCACGCGUAGUUGCCACAGAUGCUCCGUGGUAUAAGAUACGCGGUAGCCCACCCAUGCUGCUUUCGCGCGUGUAUCAGGCUGCCUGCGGAAGGGAGCUCGCUGCACAUCUGUGAUCCUCGAUAAGGAUCGACUCUGCCAUCAUGGAAGACAAAAAACAAGGCAUCCCCAUGGAGAAGGCGACGGAUACCUUGAGUACGGUGGAAGUUGGCGAGGCUCUCGAUGCCUUGGAUGCCAAGUUUGGCCACACCAAGCGAGGGUUGACUUCUCGUCAUGUCCAGCUUAUGGCUAUUGGGGGAAGUGUCGGGACAGGCCUGUUCGUCGGCAUUGGCGGCGCAUUGUCCAAGGGAGGACCUCUGUCCAUCUUACUUGCCUUCACCAUCUACCCGAUCCUGUUCAUGUUCCCAGCAAACAUGUGUGUUGCUGAGCUGACAACAUUCUUGCCCGUCCGCCACGGUAUCUUCGAAAUGGCCAAUCGGUUCGUUGACCCCGCCUUCGGAUUCGCCUUUGGAUGGGCGUAUUUCUAUGCGGCUGCAGUGUUGGUUUGUACGGAACUGUCAGCGGUCACAGCAGUCAUGGGGUACUGGAAUGUCCCCGUCAACGCUUCGGUGUGGGUUGUGAUGGGCCUUGUGGUCAUUGUGGCUAUCAACGUCUUUGCCGUCAAGUAUUACGGCGAAGCCGAAUUCAUCUUCGCAAUCCUCAAGGUCCUCCUUCUGAUAGGUCUGGUCCUACUCACCUUCAUCACCAUGGUUGGCGGAAACCCGAAACAUGACGCUUACGGCUUCCGGUAUUGGAAGCACGGCAACGCAAUGCACGAGUAUUACACAACAGGCCCAACUGGAAGGUUCUUGGGCUUUUUCAUCGCCAUGCGCUAUGCAGCCUUCUCACUCGGAGGACCUGACAUGAUCGCUUUGGCAGCCGGAGAAAUUGUGAAUCCUCGCAAAACAAUCCCUCGUAUGGCUCGAUUGGUUUGGGUGCGUGUGGUCGGCUUUUAUUUCCUCGGAGUGCUUGCCGUGGGCAUCAUUUGUUCAAGCCGGGACCCCCGACUUCUUGGGGCCAUCGCACAGGGUGCGACAGGAUCGGCAGCAUCGCCUUUUGUUGUCGGAAUCAAAAACCUAGGUAUUAAAGGGUUGGACAGUCUGGUCAACUUCUUGAUCCUCUCAUCUGGCUGGAGUUGCGGCAACGCAUUCUUCUACACCUCGACGAGAACCCUGUAUCAGUUAUCACUGGAAAGCCAAGCGCCCAAAAUCUUCCGGAAAUGCACCAAGGCCGGAGUGCCCAUUUAUGCGGUGCUGGCCAUGACCCUCUUGUCUUGCUUGACUUUCAUGGUAGCAAGCAACAGCUCGGCCACGGUCUUCAACUGGUUUGUCGGUCUUUCCACGUGUGGAUUGAUCGUCAUUUAUACUAUGAUGCAGAUGACCUGGGUUGGCUUUUAUAAGGCUCUUCAGGCGCAAGGCAUCAGCCGUGACACUCUCUCCUGGAAAGCCCCCUUUCUGCCAUACCAUGCGUACGCUGGCAUUUGCACAGGCCUGGUUCUCCUCUUGUUCCUGGGAUUCGACGUCUUUGUUCCAUGGGACACCCAGGGAUUUGUGACAACGUAUUUUGCACUUCCCUACGCCAUCGUCCUCUACUUUGGCUGGAAAUUUAUCCACAAGACAAAGUUUGCCAAAUUCUCCGAGGUGGACAUAUAUGACGGUAAAGCAGAGGUCGACAGGGAAUGCGAGCAAUGGAUACAUGAGCGUGUGAAGAAGGGAAAUCUCUUGCAAAGGGCGUGGAUCAGGAUGUGGGAGUAGGCCGCAGGAUACUUCUCUCCAUGACUAGGUACAGUAGGCCAUGAUAAGGGGUAGUUUUUAUGGAGUAGACCAAUCCACCAUAGCGAUGAUAACCAUUCAAAGAGCACUCAUGUCACC